AUGGGGGACUGGAACUUGUUGGGGAGCAUUUUAGAAGAGGUUCACAUUCACUCCACCAUCGUGGGUAAAAUCUGGCUAACCAUCCUAUUUAUAUACCGGAUGUUGGUUCUCGGCGUGGCGGCCGAGGACGUUUGGGUGGACGAGCAGAGCGAGUUCGUCUGCAACACAGAUCAGCCGGGAUGCAAGAAUGUUUGCUACGACCAGGCGUUCCCGAUAUCGCUGAUUCGUUUCUGGGUACUGCAGAUCAUUUUCGUCUCCUCACCAUCAUUGGUAUACAUGGGACACGCUCUGUACCGGCUAAGGUCUUUGGAGAAGGAGAGACACAGGAGGAAAAUCCAACUGAAAGCCGAGCUGGAAGAGACGGAGCACCUGUUGGAGGACUACAAAAAGCUGGAGAAAGAACUUAGGAAGUUAGAAGAGCAAAAGAAAAUAAAAAAGGCUCCGCUGAGGGGCUCCUUACUGCGCACAUAUAUUAUUCAUAUCCUUACUAGAUCAGUGGUUGAAGUGGUGUUCAUUGUUGGGCAGUAUAUCUUGUAUGGCGUACGAAUGGAUCCUUUGUACAAAUGUGAGAGGGUGCCUUGCCCUAACAGCGUGGACUGUUACGUCUCCAGGCCGACUGAGAAGACCCUCUUCAUGGUCUUCAUGAUUGUCAUCGCAGGAGUUUCUUUGUUUCUGAACCUCUUGGAAAUAUCUCACCUAGGGGUGAAGAAGAUUAAACAGACUCUAACCGGUCUCCAACUCGCCGAGGACGAUAGUCUUUGCAAACCCAUGCAAUCGACUACACAGCAACUGUGCGUCAUGACAGACUCACCCCAUAAAAACCCUCACUUGAAGACUUUUAUCCCUCAGGGGGAAAUGGAUCCUCCACCUCUAUUUCUAGCCGGUACUUGCGUGGGCUCAAGCAACGACGUUCCAAGAAACAACAGUUUUGCUGUCACCACCCUACCUGUAUCCUGCGUAACCCAACAACCUCGUCAAAUGCGUCAACCCAGCCAAGGCAUGAUCCACGAGCUGCAUUCGCAGGCUUCCAUGGAGCAGCCAGAUCUUUGCAAUCAACAUCUAGAAAGCAGUAAUGGCUCGGAAAAGGACGUCAGGAAGUUAAACUCGGGUCAUCUGGGUUACGUAGUUCAACACGUUAAGGGGCCUUGCCACACCGAAAUACCAGCAUGCCUUCGCAAUGCUCUGCACAGACCCAGCCGCUUGACAGACCUGGGGGAUGAUGUUUUGGACUCUUCCGAGAGUGACUUUUGUCCACAAAACAGGAAAGCUAGUUUCAUGGCCCGUAUGCCCUCGGAUAGCAUGUCGGGGAGUCCGUCAUGUCCCUCCACAAGGAGCUCGGAGUCUGAACUGGGCUCUCUGAGUGACCUGCCCAUGAACCCACCACCAGGGGGACGCCGGAUGUCUAUGGCAAGUAGAGCCUGA